AUGAUUGAAAUCAAUUAUCCUUCUAUUGAACAUCCAUUUGGUGUUCACUUAUGGCCUUUGUUCGAUUGUGUGUUCAGUAAAAUUGUAGGUGUUUCUGCUGAAGAUUUCCAAUUCACUUAUAAUGAAACUUUCUUAGCCAAUGGAUACCAAGCAAUCUCAGUUAUUGUUGUAUACUAUAUAAUUAUCUUUGGUGGUAAGAAGCUCAUGAGUUCAUUUAACAUUCCUGCUAUGAAAUUAAACUUCUUAUUUCAAGUUCAUAAUGUUUUCUUAACUUUAGCUUCCUUGAUUUUAUUAUUAUUAUGUAUUGAACAAUUAGUUCCAAUCUUAUAUUAUAGAGGUAUCUUUGAUGCUGUUUGUCAUAAAGACUCUUUCACUCCAAAAUUGGUUACUUUAUAUUAUUUGAAUUAUUUAACUAAAUAUGUGGAAUUGAUUGAUACUGUUUUCUUAGUAUUGAAAAGAAAGAAAUUAUUGUUCUUACAUGUUUAUCAUCAUGGAGCCACUGCAUUAUUAUGUUACACUCAAUUAAUGGGUAAUACUUCAGUUGAAUGGGUACCUAUUACUUUGAAUUUAGCUGUUCAUGUUGUGAUGUAUUGGUACUAUUUCUUAAGUGCCAGAGGUAUUAGAGUCUGGUGGAAAGAAUGGGUCACUAGAUUCCAAAUUAUUCAAUUCUUGAUUGAUUUAGUAUUUGUAUACUUUGCUACUUAUACUCAUUAUGCUUUCAAAUAUUUCCCUUGGUUACCUCAUUUAGGUGAUUGUUAUGGUAGUGAAUUAGCUGCUUUCUAUGGAUACUUGAUUUUAACUAGUUAUUUGAUCUUAUUCAUUAGUUUCUAUUUCUCAGUUUAUAAGAAACCUGCAGCCAAAAAAGUCAAAGAAGAACCAUCAACUGCUACUUCAACCGGAGUUAAAUCCAAAGAAGGUCUCACCAAAAGAAAAGCUUAA